UUGCUCUACGAGAUUCUGAGUCGUUUGAAGGAAGGAAGAUAAGAAAAAUGGUGACUUGUGGUGUUCAUCUUCAUCAAUCCUCCAAAGCUGAAGAUUCUUCUGUGCCGAUUCCUCCACCUGUUCCAUCAAAAUCUGAUGGACGCCUGAAAAGAUACGCAGCUCCAGGACGACUCGAGCAUAGCUGCGUUUCCACAGCCACAAGGGAUAUGUGUGAUCGUCUUUUCAACGACGGAUACAAAGCUGACGUUGUGAUCUAUACAGAUAAUGGCGGCGUCAUCUACGCUCAUGCCAACAUCAUUGGGACUGCUUCCACUGUGAUCAAAGGCAUGUUGAAGAAAGGCAAGAGACAUGGCAAGUGGCAUACAAUCUCGAUCCGUGGUGUCCCUCAUGAUGCUGUCCGAGUUUUUAUCCGUUUCCUCUACUCUUCUUGCUAUGAGAAAGAAGAAAUGAAUGAGUUUAUCAUGCAUUUGCUGCUUCUGUCGCACGCGUACGUGGUUCCUCAGCUGAAACGGCUCUGUGAAUGGCAUCUAGAACAUGGUUUACUUAACAUUGAGAACCUUGCGCUGCUGUGUGACUUCCCUCGGCUUAGCGUCAUAUCUCACCGUAUGAUCAUGAAACACUUCAAGGAGCUUUAUGCGACAGAAGCAUGGAUAGCUAUGAAGAAGAGCCAUCCCUUUCUCGAGAAAGAACUUAGAGACUCUGUGGUCAUCGAAGAAAAUAUGCGGAAAGAGAGGAUCCGAAAACGCAACGAACAGAGGAUAUACUCGCAGCUGUACGAAGCAAUGGAAGCUCUUGUUCAUAUAUGUAGAGACGGAUGUAAAACAAUAGGACCACACGAUAAAGAUUUCAAACCGAACCACGCAACGUGUGACUAUGAAGCCUGCAAAGGAUUAGAGUCACUGAUCCGACAUUUCGCAGGCUGUAAGCUUAGAGUUCCAGGAGGUUGCGUGCAUUGCAAGAGAAUGAACUUUAAGGAGAAGAUGGAGAAACAGAGCAAGAAGGAUGAGGUUAGAUGGAAACUUCUGGUGAAGAAUGUGUUAGGGACUAAGAAAAUCGGAGGCUCUCCUUUCUUUUUAACAAUGACUAGCUUAUCGUCAUCUGUGUCU